UGAGUCACAGGAAGUGACAGCAAAAUUUCACGAACUGUCACGUCCAUGAAAUACGCUGUUUAUGUUCCCUUUUGCGAUAAAUUAUUGCACUUCAUGUAAGAAAAGCAUAUCAAUAAAGAAAUUCCAAUAGGACAUGUGCGUUUGAGGUGGAAAAGUCCAGCCAUGGUGUUGCACCAUGUCCUUAUCGAGAAUCUUCAAAGUGCCGAUAAAGUUGUUUAAAAAAGAAGUCAUCACCUUUCUUAUUAUUCGGAGACAUGAUUUAGGAGAAGUAGAGGACAUACUGCGUUACGUGGCAGUGAGGCAGAGUGCGUCCAUAGCAGCGCUCCGUCAAAAGAUAUGGCAUUUGUUGGACCUUCCCGACUAUUGCGAGGAGAUCAUAGUGCUGAAGUCUGGAGACCAGGAGUUGCCGCUGACAGAGCUGAGGGUAGGCAACGACCCACAACACCCCUUCGUGUUGGAAGUAUGGCUGCCGGAAACGCAGUCCACGGCAUCCUUUCAUAAGAAUAUGUUAACGAUGGGUGAAACAAUUACUGACGACGGAAAAGCUAAAGACAACAAAGAGCGAAACACAUCAUUCAAAAUAAAUGCAAAUCCGACAAAAUCCAUCGAAAAGCUCAGUUUGAGAUAUCCAAAUGAGAAGAGACCAAAUAAUUUUCAAUACUCGGAUUUCAAGAAACCAGAGCUGGGUUCCAAGAUCUCAAGCACUUCAGUUUUCAAGCUAUACAGGAAGAAAAGCCGAGACAGCUUCACAAACAUCCUUCUGAAGAUUCAAAGCGAUUUGUCCACACUGAGCACCAAGUUGUCCAACUUGGAAAACAGAAUGCCACCUUCGUAACAUGUAAUAAUUUGACAAAUAAAAUAUAUUGUUCCAAAAAUAAA